AAAACAUCGAAUCCUUUUCCUGUUAUCUCUUUUCUAUAUAGAGUCUAUUGUGUUUGACAACAAUUUGGUUUGAAAUGAGAGGUUUAAAAUUGUGUUGUAGUUAUAAGACGUGGGCAAUGUUCAAUGCGUUAACGAAUUUGGCCCUUGGAAUUACGAUAAUAGUCGGAGGAAGCGUUUGGAUGACUGGGAGAUAUGAUAUGGAAUUCAAGGUUUAUUUUAUUUGUGGAGUUGUUCUAGGAACAUUCAGUAUUAUCGCUGGUUGUCUCUUAGUUGCUGCCAUUGUUCAGGGCAAGGAGAUUCUGGUCUUGAGGUACAUUGUAAUGGACUUUAUCGUAAAAUUUACGCUUACGAUAUUUUCAGCAAUGAAUGUUUACAAGCAUUUCAGUAUCGCAACUUUCGGAAUACUGGCACUGUGCCCGUUUUUCUGGCUUGGCUUAAUAAACGUAUAUUCCUUUUAUAAUGAACUACACGACUACAACAACAGCGCAGUACGUGUCGGAGUGGAUGAGAUUACAUGCCACACUAAUGCCAAUCCGCUAGCAACGUUUCCCGAAAAAUCCAUUGAAAGUACGAGCGUCUAGGAACAGAAUAAUCUAUUUGUUUUUCUUUACGUCAUUAUAUUCGCGUUAAUCUACAGGGCGAUUUUUUAUAAAAUUAUUUCGAUGUAUCUUCAUUGAUCAAUCACAAAUACUUGUAAUUGAUUUUGUUACUAUAAAACUGCUUUCAUUACGGUACGGCUCAUUUGAUAUUGAAAUUAAACAAGUCACUAUAUAAAAGCAAAACGUAUUUAUGUUCGCCUAUCUAUGCACAUACUAUUAAUAAUUUAUCUAACGUCUGCGACUUAAAUCAGUAUGUUAUUUAUAUUCCCUGCUCUCCUUAAUGAGCGACUUGCGAUGGGUAUCGAAUAUUUCAAACGCCUCGUGCCCGGUCGGGACAUCCUUUGUACAUUUAAAGGUCCAGUGGAAUAUCUUAAAAGUAUGCGUUACUAGAAGUCUGCAAUAUUGUCACAAGGAUGAAACAAUUUUUUUCUCAAAAAGAAAACAUUUUUUUAUUAAAUGAUAUAAUUAAAUGGUUGAACUGAGGUAGGUGGCUUUUACUUGAUGAAAAUCCAUUUAACAAAAUAAAUAAGAACUAA